AUGGAUAAAGGUUGGAUGCAUCUUACUAAUAGAUUUUCUACAACAUACGUAGAAGGGGUAAACCAAUUUAUUAGUAUUGCACGAGAUCAUGCGGACAAAUUGGGUAGGAUCAGGUGUCCAUGUGUUAAGUGUAAGAAUGGGUAUUAUAGGAUUAUAAAUGUGGUGGAAGAUCAUCUAUUUAUUAAAGGAAUUGAUAAGAAUUAUACGCAGUGGAUAUUUCAUGGAGAAGAUGAAAUAUGGAAUGAAAGUCAGGUUAAUGAGAAUGACGGGCUAGAAAAUGUUGACGAUAUUGAAGAAAUGUUAGAUGAUAUUUACAUGGGAACAUUUAUGGAUACUAAUAUAGGAGAGUCUUCCACUAGCCAAGAUCUUGCGUUGCCAGAAUUAGGAAAUAAAAAUUUUGAACAUUUGUGGGAAGAUUCUCAACGUCAACUUUAUCCAGGUUGUGUGAAGUUUUCAAAAUUGGCUUUCAUUGUGAGGUUGCUCCAUUUGAAGACAAUUAAUAAUUGGAGUAAUAAGUCCUUUGACAUGUUGAUAGACUUGUUGAGACAGGCGCUUCCCGAUGGAGAGACAUUGCCAAAGUCAUACUAUGAGGCAAAACAAUUGAGACGAGGUUUGGGCUUUAAAUAUGAUAAGAUAGAUGCAUGCAAAAAUGAUUGUGUACUUUUUUGGAAAGAACAUGCUAGUAGUCAAGAGUGUCCUAUAUGCAAAGAGCCAAGAUGGAUUGACAAUGAAAAAAAAGACAAGAAAAUUCCUCAUAAAGUGUUGCGGCAUUUUCCAUUAAAGCCAAGAUUGCAAAGGUUAUUUAUGUCAAAAAAGACAGCUGAAGAUAUGAGAUGGCAUAGAGAAAAACGAGUUCAGGAUUUGAAUAAUUUGAGACAUCCAGCCGACUCUGUGGUUUGGAAAGAAUUUGAUAAAUCGCAUCAAUGGUUUGCUCAAGAAUCUCGCAAUGUUCGACUUGGAUUGGCAACAUAUGGUUUUAAUCCAUUUGGUAACAUGAGUACAUCUCAUAGCGUGUGGCCGGUAAUACUUAUGCCGUAUAACCUACCUCCUUGGAAGUGUAUGAAAGAUCCAUAUUUCAUGAUGACCUUACUUAUUCCUGGACCUAGGGCACCCCGAAAUGAAAUUGAUGUGUAUUUGAGACCAUUGAUUGAUGAGUUGAAGCAGUUGUGGGAAGAAGGCGUAGAUACAUUUGAUGCAUUAGUAUCACAAACGUUUCGAUUACAUGUAGCAUUAUUAUGGACAAUAAAUGAUUUUCCUGCAUAUGCAAACCUCUCCGGAUGA